AUGUGGAAAGACCCAUCACUCUUAAUUAUUUCUGUUGCAAGGAGUGCAGCAAUGCAAAAUGGGCUUCACCGACCAGAAACAAUGCAGGACUUUCAGCGAGUGAAGACGCAACUUGCACCAGAAGAAUUUCAUGCAGCUGUGAAACUAUGGGCAGGCUGCUACAUCGCCGCACAAAGUGUUACGACUUCUGCGGGCCAGCCGUCUUUGUCUUCAAACGAUUGGACGAUCGACCGUGCUUGCGAGCCUGGGAAUAAUUAUACGGUACCCGACAAUUUGAGAUACCACCUGCUCAUCCAAAGAUUCCUAGCACGGGUCGAUGAAGCCAUGUCAAAACGCACAUGUUCCCCAACUGGGCACCCCGUACAGAGAGAGAGCGAUGGAUUGAUGAGACUUCUCGAAUGCGACUUGGAAGACCUGGAAAGGUGGAUUGGGAAGGAAGCGGGCGAAGCCCAUCAUAUUGCACUUGCUAUGGUCUCUAUGCAGCUAAGAUCGUAUUAUUUUUUCGAGUCAUCGGCCACGGAAAUGCGAAAACAGGGCCUCCUCAGGGCAUAUUCGGCUGCCUUAAACUUCAUCUCGAAGAUUGCAAAUGAAGAUGCGAAGAACGAUUUCAUAAAAUACGUACCGAACAUCUAUUAUCAGAUACUAAACACAGCUGGGAUGCUGGUUAUGAAAAUUAUCAAUUCGAGCUACGCCCGAUAUGUGGACAUUGAGGAGGGAAAACGAUCAUUUAAUAUUGUCCUGAGUCUCUUAAGGAGAGCCAUUCUGGAAGAUAACGAUUUAAGAGGACGUGGAGGCAAGAUUUUGGCACAGCUUUGGAUCAUUCAUCACUCUCGAACGAUUCGCCGCGGGCAAGAGCCAAACUUGAAAGUGCAAAGUCGUCUUGGAGCCAGUGUACUUCAUGAUGGGCUCUGGGCGUGGCGCGAAGAAUUUGGCGGUCAAACGAGUCCCGCUUCUAGGCCAUCAGACUCGUUCUCAAGUCUUACGCCAUCUUUGCUACCUACAUCUCCAGCUCAAUCAAUACAGCAACGCCCUCCAGCAGCAAGUGAGUUCGCGAUACUCUUUUCCCCUGCCUGGAUUCGAUGCUAA